CUGGGUGGUAGAGUGGUGGAAACGCUUCUUUCUUCCAUAUUUUGGACCUUACCUCCAUGGAACAAUAUGUUACUGCUGAAACACGGAAGAAUUGAAAUCUUAGAUCAAAACACUAUGUAUGGAUGGUAUGAACUGCCCAAACAAGAAUUCUUGAACAGCGAACAACCAGUUCAGAUAUUCACGACCAAGAAGUACUGGAUUCUCUUUCGGAUAGGCCCUGAAAGGAGAAGGAAGGGUGGAAUGCCAACAGGCGUCUAUUAUUGA